UGUUUUGUGAAAAUCUAUGAUUUAGCUGGAAUGGCUAGUCAGUGACCUGGCUCGGAAGAUGGAAAGUUUGACCGUGAUGUUGACGUGGCGCCGCCGUUUUUUAUUUAUCGUUUUGGUUGAUCUCGUUGUAGUAUUUUAUUUAUUUAUUUAUUUUGUUUGUUUUGUUUUGUAUGGACUGUGGUUGUUGCUGGGGAAGGUAGAUUGUCUACUCUUUUGUUUGGACAAUCUUUUCAUCUUCUUUUAUUUGUGAGAUCACGGUUAAAAUACGUUAAUAUUUUAUAUUUUUAUUGUUUUUUAUCUUAUUAUCUUAUAAAAAAAUUAAUAUAAAAUGUUAACAUGGUUUAACUGUGAUAGCAUAAAAUAAGAAGAAAUGAGAAUGUCAUCCAAAUGAGGGCAGAUAAUCUGCCUCCGUUGCUGGGUGUAUAGAAUUGUCAGAUACUAUGAAGGAUUGUCAAAUUAAUAUGAAACCGGUUGAUGAAUAUCGUGCAGAUUUUGGAGGAUUUCCUAGAAAUUAAUAAAUAUUUUUUAUAUUAUUGUUUUGCAAUUUUGCUAAAUACAAAUUAAUUUUAUUAUUAGAGGACAAGACUACCCUUCCUGGCAUUGUAAUUUAGUGUCAACUUGCUUGCUAAGAAAAAUAAAUAAAUAAUGUCGCUUUUCUAAAAUUAGCCCUGGUUUGGGAUUAGUGAUUUAAAAAAAAAUGGAUAUCAAAAAAAAUUGGGGGAGUUUUUGAUAUUUGGUAAACUCUCUAAAUCAACUUUAUUUCAAAGUUUUGGAUGAAAAUAAGCUCAAAUCCUAAAGCUGCAAAUAGCAGCUUCCAAAAACCAGCUUAUUGAAAAACACGGAUGAACAGUAGAUUCUUUAAUGAAUUUUUCAAUAACCCCAAAAUUGCCCUCCUUUCCUCACACUUUCAGCAUCCCUCUCGCAUUCAGCAUGCUCUUGCAAAGCCCGAACCAGAAAGCUUCAAUCCUAGCUAUCUCUCUCGUUCUCCAGGUAGCGUUCUCCGGCUCUCGUCCGUCCUCUGCUCCUCCUUCUUCAACCUCAGGUUUCAACCCUGGUUUUUGGGGAAUGUUCGUGUCUCAAGGCUCGCGCUGUGGAUCGCUCAGCCACCCCAUUUCUAGAGAGAGAGAGAGAACGACGGAGAGAGGACUCGGAUACUGACUGGCUGUGAGAGAAAUAGAGGGAAAAGGAAGGCGGAGGGGGAGAAAAACGACUCGUUUCAAGGAAAUAAAUAAAAUUUGGGCCUUGCUUGUAUAUAGCCCAAAAACUUCAAACCAAACAUAAGGGUAGCCCAUUGAUUUUUCCAGAAGCUUUUCCGCAGCGAUUAUGUUAUGCAUAUGAAUGGUGUAAUGUUUAAUUAAUAUUCUCAUUGCGUAUGAUUA